UAUACCAAGGAAGAGAUUGAUUGUGAAUCCCACUUCAAGGCUAACUUUACUCGAUUAUCAACUGGGGACUAUUCGGUUCGAUUGCCUAUUAAACCCAAUAUAAGUAUGCUAGGUGAGUCAUAUCCGCAAGCAUUGCGUCGAUUCCUAAAUCUAGAGCGUAAAUUAGAUCGCCAACCUGAACUAAAGCAAAAUUACGCUGCGUUUAUGCAAGAAUACUUAGACUUGGGGCAUAUGUCUUUAGUUAGUGAAGAAAAUCGUCAUCUUUGCAAAUAUUUUUUACCCCAUCACUGCGUAAUGAAGGAAGACAGCACCACCACAAAAUUACGGGUUGUAUUUGACGGCUCUGCAGCUUCGUCCACCGGGUACUCCCUCAACGAUGUACUUAUGACUGGCCCUACCAUACAGCCCAAACUCUAUAACAUACUGUUGCGUUUUAGAACAUUUUCUGUUGC